CUAGCGUUGGAUAUCGAAGGGGCGGCCUCGUUGGGCAUUGUAUAAUAGUAUCGUGCAUUUGGCAUCUUUCUUCACUCUCGUUUCCCGCCUGUAAAAGCUUCCACCGGUCGCCCUUUCGAACUUUACAAGGCUCCAAACUUUUCUUGGGCUUAUAGCACGUGCCUCUAAGCCUUCACGCCGCAGCCUGCUAAAGGUUGCGAAGACAUCCUUUGUUGUGGUCUCUGUAUAUCAACAUCCUUCCACUAUCAACUUUCCUUCUUUUUGUUUAAUAUGGAGACACGGACACCACCAUCAACCGAUCUGGUCGUCGCAGCACCUGUGCGACCCGUCAACGACCCGCUCCAGACAUGGCCCGAACCUGUCGAUACGCCUGGCAUCCUUCCGCGUCAUCUGAUCAGACAAGCAUCUUCUCGGCUUCCAUUUCUUGAGAUCUUACACCGUUUGUUCUAUCGCAUACGACCAGACACUCAUAACGAUCUUGACAAGGUCUUGGCAGCAAUAGCCCUUUACAGCGCCGCUGUACCUGUGUACAAAUACCUGAAAGACUUCGCCGUAUGGGCUUUCACUGUCCAGAUAACCAUACCUGAGCACGAUCCUGCUGCUAAGGAUGUACUAGCCUGGAUGGGCUCAGAGGUUAUCUCGAAUCGGCGUAGUAGGAGCGCCAUGAUUACUACCGAAGGAUCGCAACAGUUCGAGGACAACUACGGCCGUCGCCUCAUGAUAGGACCAUCCGGUAGAGUCGGACAUCGCAACAUGCAGGGGACUGUGGACAAUGAAGUAUCUUGCUCGCCUCCCAUUGGUUCGCGAAUUUUUUGGGUUGGCUUCCGCCCAUAUCUCUUCGACCGCGUAGGGGGUUCAAGGGGCCCAGUACAUCCUGGUAUUCCCAGUAACAACCACAUCGACGCAAGCGGCAGGCUUCAAAACGCACUCACCAUCACCACGCUGGGCUGGAAUCUAGAACCUUUACGGAAUUUCGUGGUCAGAUGCCAUGAGUGGAAGAAGGCCAACAUGACCGGUACGACGACAGUGUACUUUGCUGGAGGUAACACGUACGAUUAUGGCGGUGGGCAGUGGCAGUCAAUCAGCAAGCCCGUGAGGAAGCUCGACACCAUUGACAUGGAUGAGAGCGUCAAGCUGGAUCUUGUGCGGGAUGCUGAGUACUACUAUAGCGAGCAGUCGAAACAAUUCUUCGCAGACUGUGGUAUUCCAUAUCGACGAGGCUAUCUUUUCUAUGGCCCACCAGGCACAGGAAAGACGUCCUUCAGCGCUGCUCUCGCAGGACAUCUGGGCUGCGACAUCUACCACAUCAACCUAGCAUCUGGCGAUAUCACCGACGGCAAGCUACAUAACCUAUUUCUUGGUCUACCGCAGAAGUGUGUCGUGGUCAUAGAAGACAUCGACUCUGCCGGCAUUGGCCGCGAGGUUACGACGGAGACAAAAGAAGAAGCGGCCGAUGUAGACCUUGCCGAAUCAAUGAUGCCCGCUCAGUGGAGGGAGAGAGGCAGGCAGGCUACUGGACACAAGGGACGCAGUCUCAUCACCCUUAGCGGUCUUCUCAACGCCAUCGACGGAAACGCAUCUCAAGAGGGCCGCCUUCUCAUUCUGACAUCGAACAACCCCGAUGCUCUGGAUACAGCACUCACACGACCAGGCCGCGUCGACAAGAAGGUUUACUUCGGCAACAUGAACAAGUCUGCCGGAAAGAGCAUCUUCAUGCGCCUCAUCGGCCGUUCAGCGCUCGCCCACGACGCUGUCUUCUCCAUGGCGUACAUCGAGCAGUGCGCAGCGGAAUUUGCAGAGAAGGUACCUGCGCACACUUUCACACCAGCGCAGGUCCAGAACUUUUUGCAAGGGUGCCGUGGCGAUCCGAUCAAAGCACUCGCUGAGAUCGAUGCUUGGGUCGCAGAAAGCCGUCCCACAGGCGUUGGCAUGUCGUCUAGCCCCGUAUCGAAUGCCACGAUGGUGGAGGCUGAGGAGGGUGAAGUUGAGGCUCUGUAAGUAAGGGGUUCGAGAAACUAGAGCGCACAUUUGUCGUCAUGCAAGAUGUUGGGUUUGUUCAGUCUAAGUGAGUAAGACAAGAUGGUGCUGUAUACUAUAAUGGGUUCGCUUCUGUUUGCUAGCACUUCGCGGCGUCACAUCGCAUGUACAUAUGGAGUUCAGGAGGUACUCAGCUGGGUUUUAGAAGGUAGCGUAACAUUCAAAUAAGU